CCUCCCUCUCUCCCCCCCCCUCUCCCCCCUCCGGUGGGCGGGUCUCUUUUCUCUCUCGGAUGUAUCUCGGAUGAUUCAGCGGACUGAUCUGCGCUCAGACAUGGAGGUUAGUGAGUCUCAGCAGGAUCGAGUGCAGCUCCUCUCUGAGAAGAGGAAAUGGCAGACAGAGAUCGAGAACAAGAAGCGUCAACUGGAGGAUGACAAGAGAGCUCUGCAGCACCUGAAGUCGAAGGCUCUGCGGGAGCGCUGGCUGCUGGACGGAGCGCCCUCUGCUGGACCGGAGCAGGAAGACCUGAGGAGACAGCUGGAGCAGGACGAGACCAGGACCCAGAGCCUGGAGGACAACAUCCACAGGUUGGAGGAGGAGCUGCUCAGUCUGGAAACUGUGUGUCAGACCAUAAUAUACACUGCUGUGUGCUCAGGAUCAGUCAAAGCUGUUGAGCUCAAAGGUCAGCCGGAGCCAGCGGUGGCGCCAGCGGUGGCGCCUCAGAUCGCUCCAGCCUUUGCAAAGGUCAGAGUUCCUAAAAGCCCCCAUGUGAACGGAGCGAGAGAGGAAAGCGAAGAGAUGAAGAGAGCGAUGUACUCUGUGGAGAUUAAAGUGGAGCGGGACAGGCUGACGGGGGAGACCCGGGUCCUGUCCACUAACACCACACUUCCUGUUGACUUCUCUCAGCGAGGGGUCAAAGUUUACGAGGACGAGAGGAAAGUGGUCCACGAGAUGAACGGAGAAGACGGCGUGCAGCUGCUCAGCGUCUCCGAGGUCGAGGAUCUCAUCCACAAAGCCGACGAGGCGUCCGUGAUGUCGCAGACCGUCGCCACGGUGACGUCUCUCCCGACAGCCGAGGAGGAGGAGGAGGAGGAGGAGGAGGAGGAGGAGGCGAGCCCCGAGGAGAUCAGGGGUCUGCGGGCCGAGCCGGGCGGCCAGCGUGGCCCGGAGGACGCCAGCGCCGCGGCGCCCCUCACCAUGGUGUUCAUGGGCUACCAGAGCGUGGAGGACGAGGACGAGACCAAGAAGGUGUUCGGUCUGGUCGGCACGGUGACGGCCGAGCGCGUGCUCCUCGAUGACCACGCCGCCAGCGAGGAAACAUCGCAGAGCGCCGCGCAGGAAGCUCCGCCUCCAAACGCCUCCGACAAACCUACGGAAACGGCUGCAGCGCCAGUGGGCAACGGGGAGCCAGCGGCCGAGGGAGUUAGGGAAGAGAAGGAAGGGAAGGAGGGGAAGGAAGGGAAAGAAGGGCAGGAAGGAGUGGAAAGGAAGGAAGGGAAGGAAGGGGUGGAGGAGGUGAAGAAGGAGAAGCAGCCGUGUAAGUGCUGCAGCAUCAUGUGACUAGAGUCAGCGUUUUGAUGGUUUGCGACUUGACAAAAACUAAUUGACGGGAGACUUGACUUGUGUAAAAUGUAACUUCAUAUAUUCGACUUUUUACAGCUUUUGUUGUUGAGGGACUUGUGUUUACUAAGGACUCGACUUGCUUUGGACUCGAGUGAAGCUGCUUCAAUUAUAAUCAUCUGAAAAACUAAAAGGACAAAAACUACAGGAACUAAGCUCCACCCACUGCCCUAAGCCCCGCCUCUAACCACAUGACAUCAUUUCCUAUUUCUGCUUCUGUUUUUAUAAACCUUUCUUUAAUUUUUUUCUAUUUUCUCGAGGCCUUUUUACUUUUGUACUCCCGUAUGUUUCCACUUGUCUCCUCGAUGCAUCUGAUUAGCAUUAGCUUAACAUUAGCUUAGCAUUAGCUUAGGCACACAGUCUACCCUAACCUCUCUCUCUCUAUAAGCUCCGCGAUAUGAAACACUGGAUUAAUUUUAGAGUGAAGUAUUUAUUUGUUCCUCCUGCAGAGUUUCAGGAUUCUGUUUGUCUUUUUUUGGGGUUUUAUGAAAGAAAAAAGAAAUAAAUAAACGUGAGGCGACA